AUUUGAGGAUAGUUUUUCAGCGGAUAUUCAACUACAGAGUUACUCGUUACUCUUCACAUAAAUUACAUCCGCAAGAUUUUGGAAAGGCUGAUGCGCUUAAAUUUGUGUCCAUGUUAUUUUCGUUUGUUUCGCAGUUCAUAUGCACAACCCCAUAGACUACUUAAUACUAAACAAAGUUUACAAUUAAAUACUGAAAAUCCAACCUCUACUUGGGUUUCUAUUGGUGGACAUUCUACCGUCAAAGAUUCUUGGUAUAACUUAACUCCCCAUAUAAUUGAACUUACAAAAAGGUCACUGCAUAACCAACAACAUCAUCCUUUAAAUUUGAUUAAACAACGUAUUGUAGACUUCAUGUUUAAGCGUCAUGUUCGUCAUGUGUGCAAUGAUAAUCAAGGUGGUACACCACUAUUCAGCCUAUAUGAUCAUCUAUCACCAGUGGUAACAGUACGAAAAAACUUCGACAGUUUAUUUAUUCCACCAGAUCAUCCAAGUCGAUUGCGUACAGAUACAUAUUAUUUGAAUGAAACAACUGUAUUACGCAGUCAUACAUCAGCGCAUCAAUUAGAUUUAAUCAAUUCCGGUUUAAAUGCUUUUCUUGUUGUUGGUGACGUUUAUAGACGUGACGAUAUUGAUUCACUGCAUUAUCCUGUCUUUCAUCAGUUAGAAGGUGUUCGACUGUUUACAUCGGAUGAAUUAUUUAGAAAUGCUACUGAUCCUUUUCAAUGUUUUCGGCUGCUUGAAGAUAUCCCAUCGUCUUCACCAUAUAGUGAACCAGAUAUUCAUCCAUUCAAAGUUUUUCCUUCAUAUAUGCUUCCACCUGACAGACAAAUUAGUCACACAACAGAGACUAAAAUGUUACUAGAAUUUGAAUUAAAAACCCUCCUACAGGAAAUGGCUAAAUUUUUGUUUGGUCCAGACAUACAACUACGUUGGGUUAGUGCUUACUUCCCAUUUACUCACCCAUCGUGGGAAUUAGAAAUCAAAACAAAAUCUGGCUACUCUAACUAUGAUGACAAUUCUGAUAGUGAAAAACCUGAAGAAUGGACUGAAAUGUUGGGAUGUGGUAUAAUGCGACAAGAAUUACUAGAACGUUCUGGAAUACCUAAUAAAGUUGGUUAUGCUUUUGGUCUUGGUUUAGAACGUUGGGCUAUGCAAUUAUACGAAAUACCAGAUAUUCGAUUAUUUUGGUCAAAAGAUGAAGGGUUUUUGAAUCAGUUUAUAACUGAUGAUAUUCAUGCACCAAUCAAAUAUAAGCCAGUCAGUAUAUUUCCUCCAUGUGUAUUAGAUCUUUCAUUUUGGAUAAACAACUCUGAAUCAAUAUCAUCUUCAUCGUUGUCUUCCAAUCCUGAUGGAUUAGAUAGAAUUAAGAUAGUUGAACGGGAUAUUUUCGAUAUUGUACGUUCCGAAGCCGGUGAUCUCAUAGAACAGAUUCGUUUGGUCGAUUCAUACAAUGAUCCUAAAACCGGACAACAAAGUCUUUGCUAUCGUUUUAUCUAUCGAGAUCAACAUAAAACUUUGACAAUGGAUGACGUUCGACCAUUACAUGAGAAUAUUGGUCAAGUUUUAGCUGAAAAAUUAAAUCUUUCCAUUCGAUGAUAAUUUUUUGCUAAAUAUCAAAUCGUUAUUAGCAUGAGCAUCAUUUCCUACCUGAUAUUUUUAUGUACAUAUUCUUCAUCUUGUUACAUGCAUAUUUAUAUCGUUUGUUCUACCAUAAAAUUAACUUUUCGAAUGAUAGAUUUUGUUUUUUUUCACUAUUUUUUUCUUUGUCGAAGAAAAAAAUAAUUAAAUUUAUUGAUCACCGAUUGA